UUGCAGCAAAACGGGCAGCUCGAGCAGAAGCAAGAGAUAUACGUAUGAGAGAGCUGGAGCGACAGCAAAAAGAGUUUUCUCAGCAUUCAUAUGAUAGAAAAUGGGCUCAUAUCCAGAAAUGGAUGGUAGGCUAAAACCACUUCUUGUGCAUGUUUUUGCCACUCAAGGAACUAACAGGAUUUGGAGGACGUAAUGCACUAAUGGUUUGCAGUGUGUCAUUUCAAACUGUUUCUUACUACUGAAAAAAACACAAAUUAAGUAUGGAUGUGGAUUUGCAGAGUGUUUUAUGGAAGCAAAAGGCAAACUGAAACGAGAUGUUUUACUUGAAAUGAAAUGCUUCUUGUUUCCACCAUGUGCUGGCUUCAGUUUAUUAAUUAUUUUAUUUAAAAUGAAAUUACUUCAGUUUCAAUCUAUGUAAACAGAUAAUUUUGGGGCUUUGUGGCUUUUUUUGUGUGUGGUGUUUUUUUUACUUUUUUUUUUCUUGGCAGACUUGCACGUAUUUGUUUCCCUUUGAGUAACGUUGUAAACACUAUUUUUUUCACUGAUAAGUCACUUCUAUGACUUAUAAAAUCUAUUUUUCAACAAUUUUUUAAAAUGAAAAAAAGCCCCUUUCAUCACUUUCAUCCUUUUGCUCUUUGUCCUUUGUUUCCUCUAAGUAGGAAGGUAUAUAAAUAGUUGAGUUACAGUUUUAGAAAACAGUUUAUACUAAUUUAAUCAGAUAUCUCUUUAGAGAGUUCUUUUCAAAGACUUCAUGUUCCUUGUAAAAAAGAGUUUUGCUGGGAGCUUGUGGGUUUAUUUAGUUGUUUUCUAAUGUGGUGCUCACUGUGAAUGAUUUAAAUCGAGACAAUUUAAGACAUCCCAGAAGUAAAGGUCAAAUACUUAAAGCUACCGUGACAGUUAAUUGGCACUUCUGUUGAAAAAUCCUGGAACUGCCAUUACAAUAUUAAUUGCAAAAGUUGUGCUAACCUGAUAUUGCCUCUUUGCAUAGCUGACAUUUGUGUAUAUUAGUUUUCACGUCACUUAACAGAAAUCUUUGUGGUUCUUUAUAUCUCUUGGUGGAAUGCAUAUUUGAAUGCUCUCCCCACCCCUGAAAAGCAAAAUUUCCUCUGUGAGCAAUCUCAAUUCAAAAUUAAUACCACCUUCUUCCUGCACUUGUAGGAGGUACUUCUGCUACAGGAAGUUUUCAAGCAAACAUGGAUUCUUUUCAUAGAUCAGGAGACCUAGCCUCUGUCUUAGAAAAAGAAGAUUCAGAGAGGGCCAGGUAUUCUCACCGGUCCAGUCGACAUUCAUAUUUGAGUGGACUUUACCAUGAUCAAAGAAAUUACAGCAGCCUUAGAUAUAGUAAACCAAUUCCUUCGUAUCAUACUCGGUCAUCUUCCCUGUACAGUGAUCCAGUGGCAACAACUAGGAAUUACAGGGCAUCUUUGUGUGGUGAUGGAUUGCAUAGCUCAUAUAGUUCUCGCACUCCAUCUGAAUACAGUUGGUAUUCUUCAAGAGCAAGCUCAAUUCGAAGUAGUCCUGUGUCCUCUGAUUUUUCUGAUCAAAGUGAAACUGCUGCUGAUUAUUUUAGUCGUUCCAACCGCAGGGGAAGCAUUGUUUCUGAUGCAGAUGAUGUCCAAGUUUUGAAUAGUCUGGAAGAAAAGAGUGAAAAAUCACAUUCAGAAAUUUUUUCAAGGCCAUCAUCUCGCAAUUCAAUUCCUCUGAGUGGCAACUCCUCUAGGAGAGGAAGUGGAGAUACAAGCAGUUUGCUGGAUCCUGAUGCCUCCCUCAGCGAAUUACGGGAUAUCUAUGAUCUUAAGGACCAGAUACACGAUGUAGAAGGGAGAUACAUGCAGGGACUUAAAGAACUAAAGGAUUCACUAGCUGAAGUUGAAGAAAAAUACAAGAAAGCUAUGGUUUCCAAUGCUCAACUAGACAAUGAGAAAAACAAUUUGGUUUACCAAGUGGAUACUCUAAAGGAUGUCAUUGAGGAGAAAGAAGAACAGAUAGCUGAGUUCUGUAGGGAAAAUGAAGAGAAGUCAAAGGAAUUGGAAAGACAGAAACACACAUGCAGUGUUUUACAGCAUAAGCUGGAUGAACUUAAAGAGGGCCUUCGACAGAGAGAUGAAUUGAUAGAGGAGAAUCAACGCAUGCAGCAGAAUAUAGACUGCAUAACCAAAGAGGUGUUUGAUCUCCAGGAGACAAUUAAUUGGAAAGAUAAAAAAAUAGGGGCCCUAGAAAGACAGAAAGAUUACUUUGACUGCAUUAAGAAUGAGCGAGAUGAGCUCAGAGAGGAGUUGGCUGACCUGAAGGAAGCAAUGAAGAGAGGAGAGAAACACGGAUUAGUUAUAAUUCCAGAUGGCACACCGAAUGGUGAUGUAAACCAUGAAUCAGCGGUUGGUGCAAUAACAGUUGUAUCACAGGAAGCUGCUCAAGUCUUGGAAUCUGCAGGAGAAGGACCAUUAGAUGUCCGGCUACGAAAACUGGCUGGAGAAAAGGAAGAACUAUUGUCCCAGGUUAGAAAGCUGAAGAUGCAAUUGGAAGAAGAACGACAGAAAUAUUCUAAAAGUGAUGGCAUGAAUCCGGAUAUAAUAGGCUUAGAGAAUGGUUCUGACUUGCAACUAAUUGAAAUGCAGAGAGAUGCAAACAGACAAAUUAGUGAAUACAAAUUUAAACUUUCAAAAGCUGAACAAGAUAUAACUACCUUGGAACAAAACAUUGGACGACUUGAGGGACAGGUUGCAAGAUACAAAAAUGCAGCAGAAAAUGCAGAAAAAGUGGAAGAUGAACUCAAAGCUGAAAAGAGGAAGCUUCAGCGAGAGUUAAGAACAGCACUGGAUAAGAUAGAAGAGAUGGAGAUGACCAAUAGCCACUUAAUGAAAAGGCUGGAGAAGAUGAAGGCAAAUAGGACUGCGCUUUUAUCUCAGCAGUGAAGUGGAAAUUGAAACUACAAUGCACUGCUCCUUGAAUAACUAGCCCCUAGCUCAUUUUUAAAUACAGACUUUCAUUGGCACAAGCUACUUGAACACUGAGCUGUUCAACGUUGUUUUAGUUUGAUAAUUAAAUGGCAUACAUCUUUUUGUAACUUAUGAGAGAAUGAAAUGUAGUUUGAAUUUCCCUGUGAAUUACAGCAAUUUUUCUGUAGCAUUUGAUUCUAGAGUCAGAGCUGGAACACAAUGCCGUAUGUUUGACCUAGUGAUAGAAAAUAUUCUCACAACUGUGGAAUCAAGUUUACUCACGAUCUCUUUUGGCUGCUUUAAUGAAUGCUUGAUGCUCGGAGACAACUGCAUGAAUCCAAGAAGACACUGUAUUAUAAACUAACAUACAUUUGCUCAAGACAUCACACAGCACAAGUGCCUUUUAUCUGGUGCAAUUUAAACUUCAUUGUUGAAAUAACCCUUGAAAUCAGAUAACAUUUUAUUUUAAGAUACAUUUGGGGUGUUCACUAAACUUUAUACAUUUUGAAAAUGCAUUUUUGUAAAAUAUUUAAAUUUAUAAGAAAAUAGGGACUGUAUAUAAAAACUGCUUUUUUUGCAUGGGCACAUCCAAGUUCUAGGUGAUUUUCUCAGAUAAUAGCCCCUGAUGCUCUUAGGACAAGAGUACAGAUUUUAAACUUCUGUUUGUACACCAUCAAUUUGUCAUCUGCUGCUUAAGCGUGAACUGAAAAUUUAGGGUGGGAGGAAGAGAUGGGAAAUGUGGCUAAGGAGUUUAUUAAAUGGACACUACUGACCAAAA